AUGUUCUCCAUUGUAUUGUUCAUAUACUUAUAUUCAAAAAAAAGCAGCUCUAUCUAUACAAUAACUGUCUUACUUGGUCUUCAAGGUGGUUUAUCAAUUGUUCUUAAAUGGAUGUGUCCUAAAAUAGUUCGAAUCGCAUCUAAAGUGAAUGAUUAUCGAAAAAAACGAAUGAAUACGAUUUAUCCUGUCAAUUCUCUUGAAAUUACACCGAAUGUUACUCUUAGCACAACCAUACAUAAUCCUGCAUGUAAUUUAGAAUCAAGAUCAACACCUAUAACAUCUCGAACAAUUGCUACUACAUCAAUUCAAUGUUCUUGGAAGGUCCUCUUCAGAUGUCUACUAUUGAUGUCGAUCAUAGCAGUUCUAACUAUUUUUUCAUUUUAUGUCGCACGAGAAGUUCCGUCGACCAGUACGACAAAUGAUACUACUAAUUCGAACUCAACAAUAAACACAACAACAUCAACAUUAACAAGCACAACAGUGCCAUGUUCCAAGUUAAAUUUUCAACUAACAUCAAUAAAUAUAUCUGAUGUUCCACUUUAUGUACGAUCAUUUGCUGUUGCUGACUUCAACAAUGAUAGUCGACCUGAUAUUGUGGUUUUUUGUAACUAUGACGAAAGUGUGAUAAUACUGCGUGGAAAUGAGAACGUAACUUUUACAGCAGAAAAAAUUUUUCCAAAAAAACGUUUUGGCUAUGUGAACAUUAUGAAAGUUGGUGAUUUCAAUAAUGAUAAUCGAGCCGAUCUCGUAUUUACCUAUGGAGGUUUAGACUAUGUAAACAUUCUUUUUGGAAAUGGGAACGGAACGUUUAAAGUACUGGAUAAAAAAUUAGAGACAAGGGAAUGCAUUCCCGACGACAUCAUUGUAGCCGACUUCAACCAUGACAACAAUUCAGAUAUUGCUGUCAUUAAUACUGAGAGUUCUAAUGUUUGCAUGUUUCUCGGAAAUGCCAACGACACUUUGUCAUCGUAUCUGAUAUUUUCCACUGGACAGUAUAGUAAACCUGAGUCAGUAACUGUCAGUGACUUUAAUAGUGAUGGACACGUAGAUAUUGCUGUCGCUAAUAGUAGAGCGCUGAAUGUUGGCAUAUUUCUUGGAUGCGGCAAUGGAACUUUUGAAAUACAAAAGCGAUCUUUUACUUUCAUGGGUUUUUAUCCAAACCAUAUUGUUAGCGGUGAUUUUGACGGUGAUACUCAACAAGACGUCGUUAUCGCUCAGGACUUCACACGUCUAGUCGCUGUAUUGUCUAAAUAUAGAAAUGGAUUUUUCACCGUCAAAGAGAAAUUUAUUAUAAAAUCUGACAACAUAAAACGUAUGGUUGUAGGUGAUUUUAACUGUGAUGAUCAUUUAGACAUUGCUGUCAUGGGUGUGUCAUAUGGUACAGAUAUGCUUGUUGGAUAUGGAGACGAUAGCUAUUGUUUGGGAACAAAUCGUACUUAUCUUAUAAAAAAAGAUCUUAUGAGUGAUAUGAUUAAAACUGGAGAAUUUACAGUUUAUGAUAACCAAGGUAAAAUUACUUUAUUUCGAAUGGAAUCAAAAUUCGCUGUACUACAUAAUAUUAGAAUAUUUAAAGGUUUAAACAAAAAACAAAACCCUAUAGCUUUAUUAAAAGCUAAAUUAAGUUUUGUUCUAUACAAAGGAACAAUUGCGAUUUUUAAUAAAAAUUCUAAUGAAUGGAUAAAUGGAACAAUUGAACAAAAUUUUAAAAUUGUUGGAAAUAAAUUUACCAUUAAGUACAAUAAUACUGAAAUUUCAAUGGAAGGAAAAACUGCAUCAUUAGAUACAACAUUUAUUGAUCAAUCGAAUAAACAAGUUUUAGCUAAAUUUCAUAAAAGAGUUUCUUCAUUAUUUUGGAGAAAUAAAUAUGAUCUGCAAGUUUUAUCCGACAAACUUCCCGAUCAAGUUUAUUUCUUAGGUAUUGCUGCAAGAGAUAUUAAUAAUAACAGAAUUCAGACUGGUUAA